AAAUAAUCCAAUGAGUGCAACUCUAGAUUAUUUAUAGGCCCCGCCACCUCCUAAACCCAACCCGGAACGGAGCAUCGUAGAAUUUCCUUUUUAGGUAGGUAAAUUCUACAUUGCCUAAUAAGCCCCAAACGACUUAUCACUCCGCGCCGUUCCCAUUAUCAGCUGUUAUAGUUCGUGUUCUUGUCUCGCGAUUUUAUGCUUAGAGCGCAUUCUAAUCUAAGCAUUAGCCUCUUCAAAAUCUCGCGCGAGCUUUCACCAUGGCAUCCACCAAGGAGAACGAUAACGAGGAAGAGCAGGCAUUCCUUCAACCCGGGGCGCCCCAGGAAGAUGUUGCUUGGUCUCAGGAAGGACGGGGCCCUCGCAAGGCAACACGAUACCUGCGACUCGCACUAGAGAUUGCAAUGGCAGUCAUCAUAAUUCUGCUGUUGGGCAAUCUAAUUUACCAACGAAUAGAUGGCAAACAAACUCCAGUUCCGAAUUUUCCCCGAAAGACGUACACGUUCCUCCCGGAUGCUAAGUACGUACGCGACGACAUGCUCUUCGACGAACAUGACACCCUCCAUACUCUUCACAACUGGAUACCGCUAAGCGCAGACGCCAGAGGCUACGUCCAAAUUCCCGAUUAUGAAGCCUACGACAUUCUCGGAAAACCCCAUAUAGUGGCCAUCAACCGGACGUCUGACGGACCCGCAUACAUGAUGUCGGUUUUCCACCAGCUUCAUUGCCUGUCAUAUCUGGUCGAGCAUUACCAGCAAGGAUACGCCGGCGUCAAAUUGACAGAAGAGGUAGCCCAUCACUCGUCACACUGCUUCGACUAUCUCCGCCAAUCCAUCAUGUGUUCCGCGGAUACCAACUUAGAGGGAGAAUCGGAAUACGGUCCAGGCUGGGGAUCAAAACACGAAUGCGCCGAUUACGAUGCUGUGCUAGCUUGGGCAAAUAAGCAUUCGGCGAUGAGAUGGAGGAAUGGUCUUCUCCCGGAAGAUUCUGUACUCUAAUUCAAAUUAGUUGGUUCUUGGUUUCGACAAAUUGUAUAUAUGAUCAUUAAGGCACCUCCUAUUAUACAAACUGCAUGCGCUAGGAAAGGGACAGGGGCAAGAAGCGUACAUCGACAGAGCUGUGUAAUACUGUAGUAGUGAAGCAGAGGCCUGCUGCAGAAAUGUAUGAGGUGCUAUUCAAGUAGCAACUUAAAGGCUGCUGGUACAUCUGCUGGUUGCUAGGCAGCGUGGUGCAUCCGAAGUUGACUUAAGGUAGCUUAGCAUGUCAGUCUUAACAACAGCAUCCUCAAGACGAAAGUACAGCAAGGAUGACUAGGAUCAUAUAAGCUAGAAAACGCAGUGGAACCUAUAUUGUAGAAUAACGCAAGAAUAUAGCUGCCAUUAUACAUAA